UUUAACACAUAAUUCCAUCUGCUUGAGAAUGAAGGAAAGGAGAAUAAAGGAGGCGCUGGUGGUCCGCUGUAAGCUGGUGUUAGUGGGAGAUGUUCAAUGCGGGAAAACGGCGAUGUUACAAGUCCUAGCAAAGGACUGCUACCCUGAGACGUACAUCCCGACAGUGUUUGAAAACUACACGUCAGGCCUGGAAAUAGAAGAGCAACACAUAGAGCUUAGUCUCUGGGACACAUCAGGGUCUCCAUAUUACGAUAACGUCAGGCCACUUUGCUAUAGCGACUCUGAUGCUGUGCUGCUCUGUUUCGAUAUCAGCCGACCUGACACUGUUGACAGCUCUCUGAAAAAGUGGAAGACAGAGAUAAUGGAUUUCUGCCCCAAUGCACGCAUCCUCCUGGUUGCCUGUAAGACAGACCUGCGCACUGACAUGUGCACCCUGAUGGAGCUGUCCACACAAAAAAUGGCCCCAAUUUCUCAUGAACAGGGCUCUUCACUAGCAAAACAGGUGGGAGCUGAGGCUUAUCUGGAGUGUUCCGCAUUUACAUCAGAGAAAAGCAUUCACAGCGUGUUUCGUUCAGCAGCGCUGGUUUGUCUUGACAAACUUCAGCCGCCUAUCAGGCCAAGUCCCGCCUACCGGAAACGCCUCCUGCACCUGUCCAGCAAGACUGAGCUUCUGAGAUCCUCCUUCAGCAAAGAGAGGACCAAGAGCUGUUCUGUUAUGUGAGCCAGACUUUCUGCUUCCUGAGACAGAUCGAUAGAAGAGCAGUUUUGAAGGGAGACAAGAGGUCGCGACUAUUACUGUCCCCUCCCAUCUCUACACACUCGAUGUUUUGCAUUUUCAGUUUCUCCAUUCUAUUUCUUCAUCACAAAGAACAGAAGCCAAUGAAGGUUAACUGAUGCAUUUGUUUUUAAUACACAGGUUUAUGUAAAAUUGCCUGACAUUUUAUUCAAAUGAACUUCAUGCCCUGUUUUAAGUGUGCUAUUUUUAUUUACGGUGCGUAUGUAUUGAAGAGCUAAGCUGUCAAUGCAUUUCAGCUGUUAUAAGAAUUCUUCCUGUACACGGUUACCAGAUGUUUAAUAAGAAAUGGGAUUAAAUGGUUGUGGUCGUAUAUGCGAAAAAGAAUAACUGACUGCAGAAGAUAUUUAUGUAAUUCUGUUGGAGAACA